AUGAAGAAUUAAAUUUCUAGUUUUAUCCUCAAGACUUAUAACAUUUUAGAAGUAUAUAAUAUCACUAACAUAGAAUAAUAUGUAUGAAGAUAUAGUUAGUUGGAAUGAAGAUGGGCUAUCUUUUACAGUCAAAAAUAUAAGUCAAUUCUCAUCGAUUGUUCUACCCAUCCACUUCAAGCAUUAAAAUUUCUCUUCCUUUAUUAGAUAGGUAGUUCUUGUUAUUUCAUUAAGUUAAACAUGUAUGAUUUUCAUAAAACAAGAGGAGGAAGUGUCAAUGAAUUCAAAAAUGAAUAUUUCCAAAAAGGCAGAAAGUAUUAACAUAUUUAAUUAGGGAUCUGCUACAUUAAAUUAAACGGAAAGCACAUAAUGAACUUAUACCUAUAAAUUAACCUAUUCAAAAUGAUUCAUAAGAUUAACUCAAUCAGGUAACAACUAUAAAUUUAUUAUUAAAUUCUAGCUCUCCCAAAAAUGUGAUUACUUACAUAAUCUAUGCUCCACACUUCUAGAAAGAAAUCAUAGAGUUAUCAAAGAUAAUAAAACUCUUUAAAAGGUACUAACUAGCAAUAAUAAACUCUAUCUUCAAGACGAAUUCAAGUAACCAGAAUAAUUGUGUAUAACAAAUGAAGAGCUUACAAAUAAUGUUUAAUGA